AACGCAAGCAAAAGUAGAUUUAAGUAGAAAGUUUUCAAUCAUUAUUAGCUGAAAGCACUCAAAGAGAAAACUUAACCGGUAUCAAAUAGUUGCAGGUAAUCAAGGCGAAAGAUUAUUGACCAACAGCACAGGUACUAAACUAAGUGCCUUGCCAAGCAUUUGUAAGCGUCUGUCCUAACGAAUGUCUGGCUUUUGACGCUCAGCUAGACGAUGGGGACACUGAACUUCAUACUGAUUCUUGUUGCAAUCUGCGUCGCUCCUUUGGAUGCGUUUGAUCUUUUCAAGAAAGAUCAUUUGAUACCCUCCGAUGGAUUCCAUGAUGUGCUGGGUCUGGUUCCAUUCUGGCUAUCAGAGGGCUUCCCGGACCAAGGCCUCAAGCGUACUUUAGGAACCAAAAGAGACAAUCUCCCCACAUCAUGGGAAACAUUGACGUCUCAAUCAACUGGUACAAAAACCUAUACAAUACAAGGUAGAUGCAGUCUAGAUGGAAAAUUUGCCGUAGAAAAUGCUGUCCUUGAAAACAAAAAAGUUGGAAAUUGUGAAAACCCAUCUCUAAAAAUGGUGUUUGACAAGAUAUUCCCCAGUAUUGAUGUCAUGAAAACAACACAACAGCUGAUCAAUCCAGACUCUUUCUUCUUUGAGAAACUCGAAAUUAACAGAGGGACCAAAGAGGUGACAGUAGAGGCGAAAGCAAAAGAUUCUUGGCGACUUCUAAGCGGAGAUAACUUUGUUCUUGGUGGUGCCUCUCUAACACUUGGUUUUAAGGCCGGUGAACCUGUUGAUGGUAUUAAUAGCUGGAAAAUCAAAGCCGAAGGAACGGUUGGUGUAUCUGCUCACAGUCUGAAAAUGGUUAUUGACAAGCCAAAAAACGAAGCCUCUCUACCGUUCCAAUGGAAAAUAGAUUCCCUCCUUAUGGUAGAUUUGAUGGGCAUUUUCGGAAUAACAAUGUCCCAACUUAACUUUCUGGCCAUUGGCCUUGAUACAGGGAAGCUGGAAGGUUUGACAUUUGAAAAUCCAGACUGUAAUGGACAAAUCGAUUUGAUAAAAGAUCCAACCCAGCGUACAUCAGAAACUUUUCAGAUUGUCUGCAAGGCAUCGAUCUCAAAUUCUGCUGCUUUCAGAGCCGGCGACGUUUACUUGAUUAUGACAAGAGCAGCCGGUCAAGUUGUGAGACCAGCGAUUGUUAUCGAUGUUGCAGAUACGAUUAACAUUCAAGAAACAUUGGAGAAUUUCAUAUCUGAGGGAGCUUUCAUAAGCGAUUUUGCAAUGCUUGGAAGAAUAGAACGCAACUGCAUUAUCAUGAUAGCCAAGGAUGAAAUCGUCAUGGUAGAAAACAAAAAGCUUAUGGAUGUGGUAAAGCCCUUUAUAACCGAAUACGACACCAAGAUGAUUCCUGAAGGUGUACACGUCAGAGUGAUGAUACCUCUGAAAGCAAAUAUGCAAAGUCAAAAAGAUUGCAAGGAAAAUUUACCAGCAGAAGUACCCGAUCAGCUUGCAGUCACAAUAAAGAUAACAACCGGCGGGUUAAGUUUUUCAUUCCCCGAGCAGUUUAAGAGCGACAUGCCUAAGUUCCUGAAGUGUUUGGAUCCUCAAAUCAAAGCAGAGCUUCCAAGGCAACUCUUCCCCCCUUCGGCAGGACCAAUUGACAUAAAGGAGAUAACUAUCGGUCAAGGAAGAUCCUUUAAGAUUACAGUUGUUUUGAAAGGACCAUUUGUCUUUAUGGGAGGGAAGAUCAAAGUUAACGAUCUUGAGGUAACAAUUACAAAGCAGAAAAGUGAUGAUCUUCAUAUUGCUGGUGUAACCACGAUAACAGUCGGAAAAUUGGCUGUUGGUUUGACAUUAGAGAAACAGGGAAACAAGUAUGCUUUGUCAGCUUAUGUGGAAAGUUUUAAACUGGAUCAACUGCAGGAGAUGAUUGGACCAAACACUCUGCUCGAAUUUAUUAGCUUGUUGGGAAACUUAAAAGAUUUCGGUAUUAAAGAAUUCAAGCUUGUGAAAAAAUUUGGCAAAGGAGAAGAGCACAAGUCACUAAGAAUUGCUGGAAAGCCAAUUCUUUGGGGCUGGGAGAACUGCUACAUCGAGGGUCUCAUCUGGAAGCCGAGAAAAGGCACAGAUCAACCCACCACAGCCGUUGCAGUUGGCAUUGUCAUUGAAGGAAUUCGAUUGGACAAGAUCAUGGAGAGAAUUUUCGGCAGCAAUCUUUUUUCGGUUGCAUGGUUUUCUGAAAUGACUGCAUUGAUUAUAGUUUCCAAUGCAAACGGUGAGGUAGAAACGUCUUCAGAUAAAAAAGGUAAAGCAAACGAUGUUGGCGAUGCUCAGAAAGGCAAAUCUGAUGCUCCGUCAACCGAAAACAGUGCUCCUGGCAAACGAUCUGAUAUCCGCGAAGCAGAUGAGUUUUAUCCGGUGUUCGAACGAAGCAGAAGGAACCUUGGGCCACAUUUCGCGUAUUUGCGAAACAUCAGAAAGAAACAAGGGAAGCGAGUCAGACCCAUUUUUGAGCCAAACACAGGUGAAGUGUAUGGAAGGAAUCAUGUUCAUAAGAAAAACAGAAGAUUAGAAGUUGAGAACCGGGCACUUCUCAAGAGAGCUGGAACGAAGCCAAAGCCUGAGAGCAAGGGCAGUGAUGAUAGCAAAAAAACUGACGAAGAAGGGAAGGAGGAAGAAGAAGAAAAAGAAGAUGUGGUUAAAUUUAAUGUUCCGUAUCUUAGUUCAAGAGACAUAGAGAAAGGAUUAACUUUUGUGGGGAUUUUCAAUAUUCCACAAGACAAUGGUUGUUUUGGAGAUUCCUUGUGCCUUUGGCUUGCUGAAAAGGUCGGCAAGGAUGCGACAAUCGAGAUUUCAGGAACGAUAUCAAAGUCAGGUUUCAAGUUUGGUGCAAAGUUUUCUGGUACUAUCCCAGUAAAUGAAGACGGUUCACUUGCAUUGCAAUCAAUAGCGUUGGAACUGGAGCUAAGUGGCAAAAAGUCAUCUGUUAAACUGGAAUGUACAUUGUAUUGGAACAUUCCUGAGAAUCUUGGUUCCGGUCAUGUGCAGUUCAUAGGUUCGUUUAUUUGCUUGAUAUUUCUUGGAACAACCUGGCCAUAGGGAAAAUGCAGGCAG